AUGCAAAGAGCAAAUUAGAAUGUUUUAAUGUAGGAAUCCAUCCAUAAAAAAAAGAAAUUAUAAGUUGAUUUAAUUACAAAACUAGAAAUGUUAAAUGAUAAAUUAUCUUCAUCAAUGAUUCAAAGUGUGAAAAAAAAAGAAACUCAAUUAAUAGUAUUAACGAAUAAGUUAAAAAAAAGAAUUUAAGAAAGUAGCCUAAAAAUGUCUGUUUAAGAAGAAAUUAGAGAAAUUAAAGAAGAGGUCUCUGUUCAAGCUGAAUAAAUAGAGUAAGUUCCAUAAAAAAUUCUUAAAGAAAAAAGUAAUUACUAUUUAGAAACUCUAACAAUAAAGUUAGCAUAACCUAAAAAUUUAGAUGAAGUACAUUAAAUAUAUUGAGAAUAGCUUGAAUUUUUUAGGAAACUUAAAAAACAGAAUUGA